AUGGGCGCUAAAAUCCCCCGAAACUUCAGACUCCUAGACGAGCUAGAGAAGGGCGAGAAGGGCCAAGGCGCAGAGGCAUGCUCGUACGGUCUAGCAGAUGGAGAUGAUGUGAUGAUGAGUAACUGGAAUGGAACCAUUCUUGGUCCUCCUCAUAGUGUCCAUGAGAACCGAAUCUACAGUGUAAACAUCCACUGUGGUCCCGACUACCCUGACAACCCCCCGACCCUGCAAUUCAUUUCGCGUGUCAAUCUGCCUUGCGUUGAUGCCCGAACCGGAAAGGUCGAUCCUACGAAACUUCCGUGUCUUACCCAAUGGAAACGCGAGAACACCAUGGAGACAAUCUUGCUUGAACUCAGAAGGUAUAUGGCCCUUCCGCAACAUAAGAAGCUCCCUCAACCUCCGGAGGGCUCGACUUUCUAA